CUAGACCAGCAAAGCUUGUCAAACCUAAUUACAAGACCGCCCGCGAUGUCAACAGCAACGGGACAACAGCAGGGGGUUCGCGGCUGCCCAGCAGUCGUCCCACACUAUGACGUGCACAAUCUGCUUCAAGCUCUAGACCGCAUCGCCAACCGGGACUUUUGCCCUUGGAGGCCAGGCCCGCCGUAUGAACAACAGGCUUGGGCGGCGUAGCUGUCUGCAUCGACGAUGUCUUCACGAGGUGUGGCCUGGAGGGUAUAUAGCUCUCAGGAAUCAGCCCUCUCUGUCCCACGAAAUUCUUCUCACCAUCACCAUCAGUGACAACUCUCCCAUCAACGACGAUCCUCGAAGCCGGACCAGCUCAACCAUCUCUCCAGACAGUCUUCCAGUCUUCAGACAAUCAAUACCGCCAACAUGAAGUUCUCUACUCCCCUUCUUGCCACCAUGGUCGCUGCCCAGGCUGAGGACCCCGUCAACUCGCUUGCCUCCGAGAUCGCCGCUGCGGCCUCCGGAUUCCAGGCCCAGUACACCAGCCUGCAGAGCUGGAUCGCCGAGCAGCAGAGCGCCGUCACUGCUGUCGGCCCCGCUGCCAGCGCCGCCUACGCCUCCAUCUCCUCCGAGGCCGCCAACGUCCAGGGCAGCAUCGUCAGCGAGAUGAGCGAGGUCUAUGCCACCCUCACCGGCGCCAUUGGCCAGGCCACUUCUUACAUUGGCGGUGCUGCAUCCACUGCCGAGGGUGUCGUCGGCGCCAUCUCGUCCUCCGUCGAGUCCGCCAUCGGCGAGGCCUCCUCUUCCUACGAGGGAGUCGUCGGCGGCAUCUCAUCCUCCGCCGCCGGUGCCAUCGGCUCCGCCUCGUCUGGCUUCGAGUCGUACCUCAACUCGAUCACCCAGUCCGUCUUCCCCACCGUCACCAACUCUAUGAGCUUGACCACCUCCGUCUCCGGCAGCGGGUCCGCCUCCCAGACUCCCGGCCCGAGCGAGUCUUCGGCUUCUGCCUCCGCCUCCGUCUCCGGCAGCGAGACCGAGAGCUCCAGCGGUCCCGCCGAGACACAGUCGUCCACAACCAGCUCCGGCACUGCUGCUCCCUCCGUCCCCACCGGCGCUGCUGCCAUGCCCACCGCCAUCCUCGGCGCUCAGGUCCUCGCCGCCGGCGCCGCCAUCUUUGCUGCUCUCUAAACAGGGUAGCCGACUCCGGCAAUGGGACCCGGGAGAUCCUGGGCCUUGCAGAUACUCUCUGACCUUUACAUACAUGCAUCUUGGUGGUGUAUUAGAAGUCCCCGUCGUCUGGGGAUGAGUGACUUCCUGAAGAGGAGGAUUAAUUGAUAAGGAGAGAGGGUUUUAGCAUGGAGUAGCAAGCAUAUCUUAUGACACAUUAUCACGAGACACGGUUCAAAGCGAGCGCAUCAUAGUUUUAUAUCUAGUACAUAAUCCAAACGGCAUCAAUUCA